AUGGCCUUUGCGAAAUCGUCGUUCGUGUCUCCUGAUCUUGUGUACUCAGGUUCAGGUGGCGUCGUUGGUGCGCACACUCUUUUAGACGGCAAGAUGAUGCAGGACAAUCGUGAAUCCAUGUGGGUGAAUAAGUCAAUUUAUUGGGUUGGGCCCCCGCCUCACCAGGUGCUGAUCUCUCGGAGUAUCGCGGAACGCCUUCGAUAUGCGCAGUCACUGGAUCAGGACCGCUUUGCCCUCCUGAAUAACGCAAUACACACCGAGUUAUCGAACUUAGGAACGCAAAUGCUUGCAGUGAGAAGGUCUCACGCGCAACAGAAACGACGCAGCGGCAGGCGUUAUCAGGGGUUAAUUCCAAACGAAGAACACCCACCGCAUCCCGCCUCACUCAAUGCGAUGCCUGAGCCUCUAAAAUUAGCUGAAAGACAACGAGAAAUACAAAACAGAAUGUACUACCUCCAGGAGCUGCUGGUCGAGGCGGAAACCCGAAAUCGAAAAAUAGAUGAGCAGUACCAGGCCUUGGCUGAAGAACUGAACAUUGCCGGGACUCACACGCGUCCCUUAGAUGAGCGGGGGGCAGCACAGAUGGAUAGCCGACUAAACGAGAUCCGAGUCGUCAUUCGAAAGAAGAUCGAAGAGCAGGAGGAACUUAGCAAAGAAUUGAACAAUGUGGACAUGUUCAUAUAUAUGAGGGGGAACCAGCUCCUGCCCUCCACUCCAGGUGCUUUUGUCGAAGUGCGUAGCAAGAAGGAGGUUGGAGCAUUCUUAUACAAUAUCGGUCCCAUCGAAAAAUUUAGGGCUAACCGUUUGAAGGAAGCUGUCCAGUGUCACCAGAACGAACCAACGGAUUAA